AUGGCCGAAGCGAUAGCAGCAGCAGAAGGCUCUGCCACGACCGACUGGGUCACGUUUGAUGGCACUGGAGUGCCCUCCAAGUUCAUGUUCCACGCCAUCUUCUUCCCAAUAAUAAUGGCCGUCUUCCUCGUCGUGCCCGGCAUCAUAUGCUAUUUCUCCCUGACUUUUGGACAUCGGGGCCGAAUCUCUCAGUAUUCGCCACCGAAUGCAAGAUAUGAAGCGAAAGACGUGCAUCAUGGACCGGAUGACUUCUCCUGA